AUGAAGAAGUUUAAUAUUCGGAAGGUGCUGGACGGCUUAACGGCUGUCUCAUCGCCCUCAGCGGCGCCGCAUGCAGGGGCCAAAGAAAACGACUUCAUCCUCCCGGAGACGCUCCAGUCCGAGCACUUCCAGCUCUGCAAGACUGUCCGCCAUGGUUUUCCCUAUCAGCCAUCUUCCAUGGCCUUCGACCCGGUCCAGAAAAUACUUGCCAUCGGGACUCAGAGUGGAGCAUUACGGUUAUUUGGUCGUCCUGGUGUGGAAUGUUACUGUCAGCAUGAGAGUGGAGCAGCUGUCAUCCAGCUACAGUUCCUCAUCAAUGAGGGGGCGCUAGUGAGUGCUUUAGCUGACGACAGCAUUCACUUAUGGAACCUGCGUCAGAAGAGACCAGCUGUGCUGCACUCCCUUAAGUUCAACAGGGAGAGGAUAACAUUCUGUCACCUGCCUUUCCAAAGUAAGUGGUUGUACAUUGGCACAGAACGAGGAAACAUCCACAUUGUAAACGUGGAGUCCUUCACCCUCUCAGGAUACACCAUCAUGUGGAACAAAGCCAUUAAACUGUCCUCCAAGGCCCACCCUGGUCCUGUCGUCCACAUAAGUGAUAACCCAAUGGAUGAAGGCAAGCUCAUAAUAGGAUUUGAGUCUGGCAUUGUGGUGCUGUGGGACUUGAAGUCAAAGAAGGCUGACUACCACUAUACUUAUGAUGAGGCGAUCCAUUCUGUGGCCUGGCACCAUGAGGGGAAGCAGUUCAUCUGUAGUCACUCAGACGGCACACUGACCAUAUGGAAUAUAAAGUCCCCAGCCAAGCCUGCACAGACAAUCACCCCACAUGGAAAACAGCCUAAGGAUGGAAAGAAGCCAGAGCCAUGUAAACCCAUUCUGAAAGUAGAGUACAAGACAACGAGGGCAGGGGAUCCAUUUAUGAUCCUGUCUGGUGGGCUAUCAUACGACACAGUUGGUCGGCGGCCAUGUUUGACUGUUAUGCAUGGGAAGACCACUGCCGUGCUGGAGAUGGACUAUCCUAUCGUAGAUUUCCUCACACUAUGUGAAACGCCAUAUCCUAAUGAUUUUCAGGAACCUUAUGCUGUAGUGGUCCUUCUAGAAAAGGAUUUAGUUGUUAUUGACCUCGCACAAAAUGGCUACCCUAUCUUUGAGAACCCUUACCCCUUGACAAUUCAUGAGUCUCCGGUGACGUGUUGCGAAUACAUCGCUGACUGUCCCAUAGACCUCGUUUCUGCACUUUAUUCGGUCGGCUCCUGCCAAAAACGACAGGGCUACAGCAAAAAGGAAUGGCCUAUAAGUGGUGGAAACUGGGGCCAGGGCACUCAAAGCUAUCCAGAAAUAAUAAUAACUGGGCAUGCUGAUGGUUCUGUGAAGUUUUGGGAUGCCUCUGCAAUAAUGCUCCAGGUAUUGUACAAGCUGAAGACAGCCAAGGUGUUUGAGAAAGCACGCAGUAAGGAGGAGAAAGCGUACACAGAGAUAGUGGACGAGGAUCCAUUUGCCAUCCAGCUCAUGGCUUGGUGUCCUGAUAGCCGGAUGCUGUGUGUCGCUGGUGUGUCUGCUCACGUCAUCAUCUACAGAUUCAGCAAACAGGAGAUCUUGACUGAGGUCAUACAGUUAUUGGAGGUCCGAUUGCAGUAUGAGCUGAAUGAUCUCGAGUCACCGGAAGGGGACCAGACACCAGCUCCUCCCACUCCAAACACCUCACCGAGUCUGCAGAAUGCCGCCCCGCACACACAUCCCUCUAGCAGCAGCAACUCAUCUGAUGGCAUAAGAGAUAAUGUGCCCUGUCUCAAGGUGCGCAGCAGUCCUCUGAAACAGUCUCCUGGAUAUCAGGUGGAGUUGGUGGUUCAGUUACUCUGGGUCAGUGGAGAGCCACCGCAACAGAUUAGCAGCCUGGCCAUCAACUCCUCAUAUGGCCUUGUGGUCUUUGGCAAUACGAAUGGCCUGGUUGUGGUAGAUUACCUCCAGAAGACUGUUCUGUUGAAUUUGAGCACUGUAGAGCUGUAUGGAUCCAGCGACCCUUAUCAGAGACAACCCCGAUCACCUCGCAAGAGCAGGCAGCCCUCUGGGGGGCUGUGUGACAUCAGCGAAGGCUCAACUACGUCAGAGGAUCGCUGCAAAUCCCCCACCUCAGAAACAGACAGAGAGAACAUUUCUAACUGCAAAAUGCUUUACUUCCUUCCCAAAAAAGUGUUGACGUCUAACCAUCAGCAAUUCUACAAUGGCGGCGGUAGAGGAGCAAAGAUGUCACGGAAAUUAAGCUUGCCUACUGAGCUAAAGCCAGACUUGGUCUUACUCUCUGUAUGUCCACCACGGGGUGCCAUACCACUAGACAACAGGGACAACUCAUUCUGCCGCUCACGCAGCUCAAGUGUGACCAGUAUUGAUAAGGAAGCACGGGAAGCCAUAACGUCAUUCUACUUCACCCAGACAUACACACGUAAAAUGGACAGCUCCCUAAGCCCUGCCCUGUGGGUAGGCACCUCCCUAGGUACGGUCCUUGCUAUCUCCCUAAACAUGCCCCCUGCAGGAGAGCAACGGCUACUGCAGCCAGUCAUCGUCUCACCCAGUGGCACUUUCAUUCGACUAAAAGGAAGCAUCAUCCGGAUGGCAUUCCUGGAUGGGUCAGGCUCAAUGCUCCCACCCGCCUCAGAGCUGUGGUACGAACCAAACACUGACAGUGAGGAGGAGAAGGAGAGAGUGAGGAGGAGGAGGCCAGUGUCUGUCUCACCCUCCACCUCACAAGAGCUGAAUGAGAGCCAGUACAUGGUGGUAUGCUCAGAGAAACAGGCCAAAGUGAUUUCACUACCGUCACAAACCUGCAUCUUCAAGCACAACAUCACAGAGACAUCGUUUGUGCUGCGGGCAGACGUGGUGCAUGUGGGCCCAGGCAUCUGUGUGGCAUGCUUCUGUGCCAAUGGACACAUCAUGACCCUCAGUUUGCCUGGGCUCAGACCAUUGCUGGAUGUAAACUACUUGCCACUGACAGACAUGAGGAUAGCCAGGACAUUCUGCUUCACCAACCUGGGCCAGGCCAUGUACCUGACCUCCCCCACUGAGAUCCAGAGGAUAACGUACAGCCAGGAUGUCUGUGAGAACUUGCAGGAGAUGCUCGGCGAGCUGUUCACUCCAGUGGAGACACCAGAGGCUCCAAACAGGGGAUUUUUUAAGGGCCUUUUUGGAGGAGGGGCACAGUCCCUGGAUCGAGAAGAACUCUUUGGGGAGUCCGGGGCAGGUAAGGCAUCCCGGAGCCUUGCUCAACACAUCCCUGGACCAGGGGGCAUUGAGGGCAUGAAGGGGGCAGCGGCAGGUAUUGUAGGUGACCUGGCUCGUGCAAGGAUAGCGCUGGAUGAGAGGGGGCAUAAACUGAGCGAGGUGGAAGAGCGGACAGCGGCCAUGAUGGCUAGCGCUGAUUCGUUUUCCAAACAUGCCCAUGAGAUGAUGCUGAAGUGUAAGGAUAAGAAAUGGUACCAGUUCUGA